AUGCUCUACCCAGCGAUCAAUAACGACAUAUUGUCUCUCUUGCUAUGGGGGUUCCCCAAGUCCAAGGCAGUACGUGCAAUGAUGUAUCAUGAGCUAUUUGAGCUAUUGAAGCGGGGAAAAAUAGAGGAUUUUGUAUCGACUCUACAAAAAAUGGACGCUGCUAAGCUAAUCUCCUCGGGCACCAAAAGGAGACUCUCAGUAUAUAAAAAACAAAGAAGUUCGUUGAGCGAGCUUUGUUCCAUUUUUGUUUCUGAGGUCUGCCUUUCCUCUGGCGAGCCCUUGAUGGCCCCCUCUUUUGCAAUCCAACUACUCGAGAUGGGCACAUCUUUAGAUCGCCCGAGCUUAGAGCUCCUAAUUCUGAACUUGACAUUGGGCUCUCUGUUAGAGCCCUCUUUCACUGCAUACACCAUCACAAAACUUAUAGAUCUACAUGGCGUCGACAAUGUCUCUUUUAAUGUUUUACUCGAUGCCCUCCUUUGCAUGCUUCAUGAACCACAUAUUCCUUUUUACGCAAACUAUAUUUAUGACAACAUCAAAGACAAGCUAUUAUCGCAUGAGAGGUAUUCUGAAAUCGCUCUACAGGUUCUUAGAGCUAAUAUGGAUAAGGGAAACUUGUGCAGAGCCACAGAUAUUUGGAAGGAGCUUCAGAAUUAUUCACCUGCAACAAUGUCAAAUGAAGCUGCUCUUCUCAAUUCAUUAUUGGAGAGACUUGUAGAUGAAGACCUUGGCUGGGCGGCGGAGUUUUCGGAGGAUAUCCCUCACGAUCUUCAAAGACACCCGAAGGUAAUCGAUACCUUGUUAUUAGUGUACGGUAAGUCUCCUGAUAAACAGGCCGAGUUCGCUGAGCUUUCCAAAUGUCUUGAAGCUCCACUAUCGAGGAGGUCCUUGUCGUCCUUAUUCUCAUCAUUUUUGCAUCAAAAUAACGAGGAAGCAUCAGACAAGUUACUCAAAGCUAUUUUCAAAACUCCUUCAGGACUCAGCCUGCAUGAUUUUGGAGCCCUUAUUGAAAAGCUUCUUCGUCAAAACAAAGUCCAGCAAAGUGUUGAAAUGUGCUUCAAAAAUGAUGUGUCCGUUUCCAAGAUCGGUUACAUCCAUGUUUUGGAGCAUUAUCUAUAUCUGCCCGAGGCUCAUGGUGACAGAGAGAUUUUUCUAAAAACCUUUUGUCGACAGUUUAAGAAGCUCUCUACACUGGAUCCCGCUUACUACUUGUUCACGAGCAAGAUCUUUGGGUACUUCACCACCAAAAUCAACAACAGCUUGAGCAGAACUCUUUUCAUAUUUAAAGGAUUGACUGCGUUGAAUAAGAAAGAGAGCAGGUUUGAUUUUGAAAAAGUCCUUCUACCUAAUCAGUUCAAUGAUUUUAUUGUCAUUGACAAUCACAACAGAAUAUCCUGUAUCAAUGCCAUCUACCGACAAGCCAUCAAACAACAAGACCAAGUUAACAUUGAAUGGUGUCUCAAAGAGCUCAGGAGUCUAGGUGUUCCUAUGAGUGAUAUCCUUGCUCACUACCUUAAAGUGCCAAGUAAAGAAUUAUUAGCAUAG